AUGAACGGCGAGGAGCAGUACUACGCAGCCACGCAGCUUUACAAGGACCCGUGCGCAUUCCAGCUGGGCCCGGCGCCGGAGUUCAGCGCUAGCCCCCCUGCGUGCCUGUACAUGGGCCGCCAGCCACCACCGCCGCCGCCGCCCCCGUUCCCCUGCGCCCUGGGCGCGCUGGAGCAAGGCAGUCCCCCGGAUAUCUCCCCGUACGAGGUGCCUCCCCUCGCCGACGACCCCGCGGUGGCGCACCUUCACCACCACCUCCCUGCUCAGCUCGCGCUUCCCCACCCGCACGCCGGACCCUUCCGGGACGGAGCGGAGCCCAGUGCCCUGGAGGAGCCCAGCCGCGUCCAGCUGCCUUUCCCGUGGAUGAAGUCUACCAAAGCUCACGCGUGGAAAGGCCAGUGGGCAGGCGGCGCCUACGCUGCGGAGCCGGAGGAGAACAAGAGGACGCGCACGGCCUACACGCGCGCGCAGCUGCUGGAGCUGGAGAAGGAGUUCCUAUUCAACAAGUACAUCUCUCGGCCGCGCCGGGUGGAGCUGGCUGUGAUGCUGAACUUGACCGAGCGACACAUCAAGAUCUGGUUCCAAAACCGCCGCAUGAAGUGGAAAAAGGAGGAGGACAGGAAGCGCGGCGGCGGGACGACGGCCGGUGGUGGCGCGGGAGCGGAGCCCGAGCAGGACUGCGCCGUGACUUCUGGCGAGGAGCUGUUGGCACUGCCGCCACCGCCGCCCCCCGGGGGUGCUGCGCCGCCAGCUGCCCCCGCCGCCGCCCGAGAGGGCCGCCUGCCGCCCGGCCUUAGCGCGUCCCCACAGCCCUCCAGCGUCGCAGCCCGGCGGCCGCAGGAACCCCGGUGA